CGUUCUUGCCUCCUCGGCCACCGUACCCUCGCUGUUAAACAGGAAAGGUUGAAGUAGGCUGCACAGGUGUUUCUGUUAUUCCUGUUUACUGUAAGUUAUUUUUUGAUACAGCAGCACUUUGUCUCCUUGUUUCCAACUUCUGCAGGUGAGGGAUCAGUUUAUUUACCACAACAUAACACAGUUUCGUUGAUUAUUAAUACAUCUGGACUCUGAACGUCCAAAGGGCGAUGUUGUCAGUCAUUGUCAGGUCAGCUCUCACCAAACAGCGAGGGCUGUGGCUGCCCACUCAGGCUGCAGUCAGGGCCAUGUCGUCUUCCAGCGGUCCCGGCUCUUCGUACACCACCCUGGUCAUCAGUCAUCCGGCAGAGUCCAUCACACAUGUAGAGCUUAACCGUCCAGAGAAACGAAAUGCCAUGAACAAAGCGUUCUGGAGUGAGAUGGUGUCAUGCUUCAACGAGAUAGCCGACGACCCCGACUGCAGAGUGGUGGUGGUUUCUGGAGCUGGGAAGAUCUUCACAGCUGGUAUCGACCUGAUGGACAUGGCCAGCGACAUCCUCCAACCACAUGGCGAUGACGUCGCAAGAAUAUCCUGGAACUUGAAGAAAACAAUCGUCAAGUAUCAGGAGACGUUCUCCGUCAUAGAGAGGUGUCCAAAGCCUGUUGUGGUCGCCGUCCAUGGAGCCUGUGUGGGAGGAGGUGUUGACUUGAUCACAGCGUGUGACAUUCGCAUGUGUACGCAGGACGCCUGGUUCCAGGUGAAGGAAGUUGAUAUUGGACUUGCAGCAGACGUUGGAACACUUCAGAGACUUCCUAAAAUCAUCGGCAGCCGCAGCCUGGUGAACGAGCUCGCCCUGACCGCCAGGAGGAUGUACGCUGAUGAGGCCAAGAGCAGCGGACUGGUCAGUCGGGUGUUUGUGGAUAAGGAGGCCAUGAUGGCUGGAGCUUUAGAAAUGGCCGGGGAGAUUGCCGGGCGAAGCCCUGUCGCUGUUCAGGGAACCAAAGUCAACCUCAUCUACUCCAGGGACCACAGCGUAGCAGAGGGACUGGAUUACAUGGCUUCAUGGAACAUGAGCAUGCUUCAGACUCAAGAUGUGAUGAAAUCUGCACAGGCCUCCAUGGAGAAGAAGAGUCCCAAGACGGUAGCUUUCUCUAAACUCUAAACGUCACUGAGGCAACGUUCAGAUUAACACAAAGUGGUCUUUUUUUUUUUUUUUCCCCUGAGGCCUUUUCUGUGAUCAGUAGAGAAAAUGUGAUUCUUUUGCUUUUAACACCAAAACUAAAACUCCAAUAAUCUGGAGGGGUUUGUUGAGACUUUGAGUUAUUGGAGCAUGACUGUUCUUCGGCUUUGUCUCCAAAGAUUGAACUAUUGUGGGGCUGAAAAGUGAAAUCAGUCAUAACACAGCUCAUUCUAAUAUCUUCUCACAGUUUAAUGAGACCUCUGUUGAACUGUAAUGAAAUAACAGAACGGCAGUAACAUGUCAAACACUGUCUGAAGUCAUUGCUUGCUCACCUGACAGUCUGCAGAAACGGUUUGUGCAGAAUCAAAUAUGCAUAUUGAGACAAAGACCGAGCCGAGUCAGUGUGGGAAUAUAUCUGGGUUUUUAUAGCCAUUGUAAAAACAUUAAGAGUCGGUGCUGUAUGUUUGUGAAUGACAUUUUGAAUGUCUUACCUUGUUAAAUAAACUCAUCUGAAACUAC